AUGUUGGAAGGCACGAAGUUCAACACGCCAUCGCAAGUUUCGAGUAUAUUUGAUAUAGCUAAAGACACUGUUUUAUUUUUGGUGUUGUCAUGUUAUUAUAUUUUGGAGUCUCUAUUUUGGACCCUUGUGCCGAAUGUUAUCAGACCUAUGAAGAAUCUAAAAGAUGAAGUGAUUUUAAUAACUGGAGGAGCAGGUGGGGUAGGAAAGCAUUUAGCGAUUAAGUUGGCAAGACUUGGAGCAAAAGUUGUUUUGUGGGAUGUCAACCAAGAAGCUUUAGACAAAACGUCGCUCGCUCUGGAAGAUGAAGGAUACCAAGUAGCGUGUUACGUUGUUGAUUUAACAGUCCGGGAUUCAGUUUAUAAAACCGCAGAGAAAGUAAAAGAAGAGGUAGGAAAGGUAGAUAUCUUGAUUAAUAAUGCCGGUAUCGUUUUCGGUGAAACUCUAUUGGAACUCAGUGACACGGCCAUCGAAACCACCUACAAAGUUAACAUUCUUUCACAUUAUUGGACUGUGAAAGCUUUUCUUCCGGAAAUGAUCAACUCAGGUAAAGGCCACAUUGUGACCAUGGGCUCCGUGGCAGGUCUACUCGGUACUUACCGUUGUACAGACUAUAGUGCAACUAAAUUCGCUACUGUUGGAUUCCAUGAGAGUCUCUUCACUGAACUGCGGGCGCACGGACACAACACAAUCCACGCCACACUGGUGUGCCCGUCGUACAUAAACACGGGGAUGUUCGAUGGGGUCACGCCGCGCCUCAUGCCGAUGUUAGAGCCCGACUAUGUCGCCGAGACCAUGAUCGACUCUAUCAGAAAGAACGAAGUCAACUGUGUGAUGCCUGGAUCUGUUAGAUAUCUGUUGCCCCUUAAAUGCUUACUCCCAGCAAAAAUGUGUUGGGAUCUAAUGCAUCGUGUAAUGAAAGGUCCACAAUCUAUGAUGGAGUUGAAGAAAAAGCCAAAAGUAGAA